AACAAAGCAUUUACCUAUUUUCUGUCCAAAAGAAACGUUAGUGUUUUAAAGCUGUUUUUGAUAUCCUCACUACAGCACUCCCAGAGUAUGGUGACGCAGGUCAAGUCCUAUCCUACCUUACUGGCACAUAGGAAGGCCAAUGUCAGACACAGAUGACAGGACAGACGCCCAGUGUAGGUCCCUGUUACUUACCAAAGUUAAUUAUUAUCAAAGUGAAUGUAAUUGAAGCAGCAGUGAUGCGUCGUGCUGCUUUGAAGACAAACAGUGUACCGGUAUGUUCACAUUACACCAUACCCUUGUAUGCAAAAUGUGUUUGUGGUAUUAUGUUGGUCUGCAGUGGCAGCACCAUCCCCAAGUCCAGGCUGAUUACCUGGGACCCCUUGGAGGACUUUGUGAAGACCAGCCACAUGGUCAACACACCUGUACAGACCAUGCACAUCAUGGGGGACCUGGGACCAGCGGGCAAACCCUGGUUAAAAGGAGAAGGAAUGCUUGUGCAUGGUAAGAGCAGAUGCAAAUGGAGUGGUUACCAUCAAACCAGAGUUCAACAAAGGCAAGGAGCACUACAGGCCAGUGACCCGCACCCGCUGAAGUCAAAAUGUUUUACCCCUAGCUCAAGUUGAGACGGAGGGGGAGAAGAGAGAGGUGGGGCAUCAGACCAGAGGAGACGGAACAGCAACAGUGCAUAUAUAGACCGUUAUGUACGUCAUAAAGACUACCUCAACAGCUUGGUUGGCCAGGACUGAAAUGAAUUUACAAUGUUGAAUGAUGCAUUGCCCAACAAACUGCAUAUAAUGGAUCUAAUUUACUGAAAGAAAGAUGGAUCGUAAUGAUGAGAGAAUCAAAAGAGCUUUAAGACGCCGUCCUUAUGUGUUGAAACCAGUGAGGGUGAACACCCCUGAUUCCGUGUUGUGGCCAACCGGCAAGGUGCACAGAAGGCCAAAGCCUUCUAAUUCAGUGCAGACCCCUCAGAUCCACAAAAGGCCUCCAAUCAUUGUGAGCUAUGGGCAGGACCAGACAUCUGGGGAUGGAUGGAGCAUCUAUCCAGAGCCUCUCAGCCAGUCUGGAAGGGUGACUCGGAUAAUAGAGAGAGAAUAUCAUGACGUGAUCUCAUCCUCCAGUUCUGAUGACUUUUCCAUCUACUCCUUCACUGACUGUGAAUCUGAGUGUGAUGAUGAGGAUCAUGAAAGGAGGACACCAAAGCUGAAAGUUGAGAAUGGAAAGGUGACAAAGCUUGAUGUGAAGGAUAUGGACGAGGAUGAUGAUCUGUCUCUCCACUCCUUCGAUGAGUCAGACUUCCUGAGCCCAGGGGAGGUCUCAGGUCCUGUAUCUGUCAAGAAUGGCCUCUCUCCUCUUGUAACCUCAGCACACCGGACACUGGCUGAAACCCUACGGGCCCUGCCCUCUGCUGUAGGCUCUCCCUACCCAGUAAAUGUUCCAAGGCCUCGGAGUCCUCUCAACCCUGUCAUUAUCGCUCCGCCCUAAACAGAGAACUUUCCAUACCGCCACAGCCCUCGCCUGGCUCCCAUCACCAAUGUGAGCGAGACCGGCAGGAAGCUGCUUCAGGAAAUGGCUGGAGUGGCCCCACAGGUUUCUUCAGUGGCUGCUGCCCAAACUGAGAUGUUCAAAGACAUAAUGGCCAACUAUUACUUCUACCACACACACGCACACACACACACACACAUAGAUUUUGAGUAUUGGUUAUUCCUACAACACACACAAACGUAAUUUCAGAGACAGGAACUAUGAUUAGCAAAAUACAUAUUUUGGUCUCAUUCUUAUAUUUUGAGACAUGCAGCAUUUUUAAUUUUUUUUACAUUAUAUUGAUCCCUAUACAGCCUAUGAUAAUGAGCUGGAUUUACAUGCUUAGGCGUGGAAAUAUAGCCAGGAGAAGCAGUGUCAACACCUCUACUCAUACCAUAAGUGCCUUGACAUCUUUAGUAACCACAGAGAGAUAAGACCUCUGUCUCCACAGUCUCAUGCAAAGGACAUCACCAACCUUAGGGCAGUGUCACUGGUAUUGGGGUCUUCGGUCUCCUUUGGCCAAAGUGAAGAGUUGAGGGCCCCUUACUGGUCUCCUUGCAAUAUCUGGUCUCCCACACAGAGAUGGAAAUCUACACCUGUUUAGACCUUGGAGGAUAUGGCUUCAGAUGAAAGACAGCAGAGAGAUGCAGAACGUAAAAGCUUCAAACACUGUGAUAUGCAAAUGUAGGACCAUUGUACACUGAAGUGAAGCAUGCAUCUGGUCUGAAGCAUGUCAAAAGAGUAGAAAUGAACUGGGACUGGAGGAAUACAUCACAUUUAAACUAAAUUAGCAUCCGUCUGAUGUAGCUACACUCAUCUGUACUUGAAUUGUGCUGUUUGAAACGUGGUUUUCCAAUAAAGAUUU